AGUCUAGUUUUUGUUAGAGAAUGACACAGAUGCUGAUGCUUUGCAGUCUUUGCUUUCUUCUGUUUAAGCAGAUAAAUGGCAACUAACGUCUCUCUGGCUUUCUAUCAGCAACAGCUCACCCUCCAGAUCUUUGGCGUGCAGAUCUUGGUUACAAUUUUUCUGUGGGUCAAUAUGUUUCUGAUUGUCACCUUUUUCAAAAAAGAAUGCUUUCACUCCAGCGCUCGGUACAUUUUAUUCGCUGUGAUGUUGCUGUCGGACAGCUUCAUGCUGGUUAUGUCAGAUGUUCUGCUCGUCUUGAACUUUUUCCAGUUCUCCGUUCCUGUCUGGUUGUGCAUCGUCAUCUCUGUUGUCGCCCUUGUCUACGCUCACGUCACGCCUGUUACUCUGACGGCCAUGACGCUGGAGCGCUACGUGGCCAUUUGCCUGCCCCUGCGUCACGCCGAGCUGUGCUCCACGCGCAGGGUCAUGCUCUUCAUCCUGGUCAUCCACGGCAUCAGCUUUGCUCCCUGCGUCGUGGUCUUCUCCAUGUUUUUCACCUCGGCCUCUCUCAGUUUCUACCAACAGAACAUGUUGUGUUCCGUAGAGAGGUUCCUCUUUCAGACGUGGCAGCAUCAGCUCAGGUCUGCUGUGAGUCAGAUAUACUUCCUGAUCAUGUGCAUCAUCAUCGUUUUCUGUUACGAGAGGAUCGUGAAAGUGGCCCGUGCUGCUUCUUUGGAGAAUAAACAGUCAACUCUGAAGGGGCUCCGCACCGUCAUCCUUCAUGCUUUCCAGCUGCUACUCUGCCUCAUCCAGCUGUGGUGUCCUUUCAUCGAGGCUGCUUUGUUUCAUGUUGAUUUGAACAUAUACAUGUCAGUCAGAUACUUCAACUACAUCAUGUUCAGCCUCGCUCCGCGAUGUCUGAGUCCUCUCAUCUAUGGACUCAGAGAUGAGACGUUUUUUCUUGCACUGAAAAACUACACCUGCUUUAGUCUGAGUAAAGGAAACAACUAUUGA